AUGCCUUCAAAUCAAAACAGCACGUAUACCAGCAGCCUAAACGGCAAGCGAAAAUCAACCACAGAUGCAAAGGAUCCCUCAAGGCCUCGGAGAAAGAAGGCAAGAAGAGCCUGCUCGGCCUGUCAGAAGUCUCACCAGACAUGUGGCAAUGAACGGCCGUGCGGAUCAUGCGUCAAGCGCGGCAUGGCCGAGUCCUGUCGUGACGGCAUCCGAAAGAAGCCCAAGUAUCUCGAGGAAGGAUCAUAUCGUGUCUUCACAAUCCAAUACGGCCUACCGUACACCAAUCUCCAGUUCGCCCAGCCCAUCGAACUACCUCCGUCCCGAGAUAUCGAGGUACAAUCAUCGUUGCCAAACACGCCUCCGGGGCAGGGUCUAUAUGCAUGUCCCGAUCUCAGCCCGUGGAGCAUAUGUGCAGAGGACCCCUUUAUUGGGCAAGACCUGAACUGUGAACAAUCGGAGAUGGGAGAUACUUGCUAUAUGGACUCCCCCCAGAGCGAUGUGAGUGAGGAAGCGGAUAAGCCGGACUCGCUUCUCGCAUUUGCAAUAGGGAGUGGGUGGUCCAGCACGUUUCUUCAGUCUGAGUAUGGAGGCGGUCCUGUUUGA